AUGCAUCACCUAGGCGGAGCUUUCAUUCUGCCUGGAGAACGAGUGCGUUUGCUUGAGAACGAGAAAGCCUUCCGGGCUGCGUUUGGACGUUUCCCCGCUGAUUCCUUGAAUGGCUACACGGCCGAAAAGUGGUCACGCCGUGGGCAGGAAUGUAUAAUUGAGAAGGCCUUCAACGACAGGACCAUAACAUGCGUCUUUGCAGAUGGAACCAGACUGGACUUUCCAAAUGAAGUUGUUGAUGGUUACAGCGACAAAGACUGA